CUCAGCCGUUUGGAUCCCUGGCCGUCGGGUCGGGUGGGUUGAUGAGAUCUGGGUCGUUGGAUCUUCCUCAGAAAUCACCUCAUCCGUCGGAUUAGAUUGAAACACUAUUGCAAUGAAUAGUAUUAGAACUGGGAUGUCACCGCCUGUAAUUCCCAGAGCCCACCGAGGACAUUUUCGUCACUUCACGCGGUUGAAAGAGUCCCCAAUAGCGAUCCGGGAGAGACCAUGGAGAGCGAGCAUCGGGUCGUUCCCCUCCCCCUCCCGCCCACUCUCCUUUAUUUCCCUCCCCUCCCAUGAAACCCUAGCCGCCGCGCCCGGCAGCCGCUUGACGCCACCGCGCCCUCCUCCUCCGCUUGACGCCUUUCUACGCCGCUGCCGCCGCCCGUUCCCUCGCCCUCUCCUGGCGUCACCCCCGUCCCUCCUCCUCUCCCGUCACACACCCGCCCCACCACCCACCGCCUCGAACCGCGCCGUCGGCGGCCAGAUCCGCCGCAACAGCGACGAGCAGCAGCGGAGGGAGGACGAGGAGCACGACGGCGGACGGUGGCGGGGAGCAGCAGCAGCAGGCCUUGGGCGACGCCGACGAGCGUCGAGCAGCAGCAGAGGGAGGACGAGGAGCACGAUGGUGGCGGUGGCGGGGAGUGGUGUAUGGCGCCGCCAGGGCCGUGCUGGAGCGGCUCGACGCGCCGGCCACGUGCGCCGAGGAGCCGGCUGCUCCUCUCGUGGUUCCUCUUCUUCCUCACUGGCUUCUUCGGCUCCCUCAUCUCCACCCGAUCCGCAGGGGGAGGAGAACCUGGAGCGACCGCUGCCGAGGGAGCGGCUGAUGGAGGCAGUCUGUUCGUCUCCUGCUUGUUGUUUUUUAGACCACUAGAUCAAAUCACCACAUGAGCUGUAUGCACGUGCAAGCUAGCACACAGGCACCUGGAUUGAUCUCUUUUCUUUUUGCGGGGUGAAAGAGAGUUUUAUUCCAUAAAAGCAGGGUUACAAUCUUGA